GUGUCUGGUGUAGAGAGUAGGUUCGCUUGUGAUUAGUAUGGCUGGUGGGUUCGAAGCGCUGGGGCUUGCUCCCGAACUCAUUCGAGCUGUUACGGAGGACCUUGGAUAUCUUCUGCCGACGAACGUUCAGGACGAGGCCAUUCCGCUUAUCCUAGGCGGCGGAGAUGUCAUGGUAGCGGCGGAAACGGGGAGCGGCAAGACCGCCGCCUUCAGCCUACCUCUGUUGCAGAUCGUCCAAGAAGACCUUCGGAGUCGCUUGGCCGGCGGCGCUGCAAGCAGGCCCACCAGGAAGCAGAGUGACGGCAAGGGUAACAGUAGUGUUUGCCGAAUAAGCAGGACUGACAAGGAUGGCCAGAUGGUGGUGUCUGCCGACGGGUUGUCAUGCCAGUGCUUGCAGUCCAAAUGGGCGGGCGCGAGGGGAGAAGUUGGAGUGCUAGGCGGCGUCCAUUGCUUCGAGGUGAAGGUGGACUUUGGGAACCUGUUCCGGUUUGGCUGGGCGACGCAGCGCGCGAGCUUCAACCUUGGCACGGACGCUUUCGGCUACGGCUUCGGCGGCACGGCCAUGAAGUCUAAUGGGAGCUUCGAGAAGUACGGGGAAACUUUCACGACGGGUGACAGGGUGGGAUGUCGGCUUGAUUUGGUCAAGGGCGAGAUUUCUUUUUCCAAGAACGGGAGAGAUCUCGGAGUUGCCUUCAAGCUUCCUCCUGGCGCCAAGGGGCCUUUCUUCCCUGCGGUGGCACUCAAAAGCGCGCAGGCGUCCUUCGAUUUCACCGCCCCGUUUGCUGGAUCGGGCGACGCCACUCCCAUGGCUUCGGUUUCCCGUGAGCACGCCGCAGUGGUCGAGGUAAAGGAGGAGGCACCGCCGCGGGACCCCGGGGACGCAAGGAACCGAACCCCUGUCGCGAUCAUUCUGGAGCCGGCGAGAGAGUUGGCGGAGCAGGUGUCGGACUGCCUGGAGGCCUUCAAGCGGCAUCUGAGCUCCCCGAGCUUGGAACACGCUCUGUUGGUCGGGGGCACGGACUUUCGACAUGCGUCCAAGCUGGCGAGGAGCCCGUGCGAUGUAGUCGUUGGGACGCCCGGCCGGGUGCUAGACUUCUUGGAGAAUGGCCUUGUCAACCCCCGCUUCGUGAGGCUGCUGGUCCUGGAUGAGGCGGACAGAUUGCUGCAGACGGAUCAGCUCAAGACGCUCACCAAGAUCUACAAGCGGUUGCCGCAGCACGGUGUCGGGGACUUGAGACUACAGGUGUGCUUCUUCUCCGCCACCCUCCAUUCGCCUGAGAUCGCCAAGCUCGCCGACAGCAUCUGCGACCGCCCCACCUGGGUGGAUCUCAAGGGGCGAGACACAGUUCCACAGACGGUUCACCACGUGGUGGUUAGAGUCGACCCCGACAAGGACGGCGAGGUCGGACCCGUCCCGGCGAAGGCCAAGGUGCAGCCGAGGACAGACGGGGUGUGUGCGGGGUCGGAGGGGAGGGACGAGGAGAGGGCGGAGAAACUCAAGCGGAUGAAGCCGCAGGUUCUUCUAGGGGUAGUCGAGGCUCUGGGCAUGGACCGGGCUAUCAUUUUCUGCAGAACUAACUUGGACUGCGAUCUUCUGGAGGAGUUCCUAACGCAAGCUGGUGGCGGCAAGCGCUUCACCGGCCACCAAGAAAGCGGGGAUCAGGACGCCUAUUCGUGCUGCGUGUUGGCCGGCAUGCGAUCCAUGCAGCAAAGACGGGCGAACCUUGACGCCUUCAAGGACGGGGAUGUCCGGUUCCUGAUCUGCACCGACGUUGCGGCAAGGGGCGUGGACAUCAAGGGGCUGCCGUACGUGAUCAACAUGACUCUCCCUGACGUGCCCGAGAACUACAUCCACAGGAUAGGCCGCGUGGGGCGGCAGGAUUGUCUCGGGCUGGCGGUGUCCAUUGUGGCUCAGGACGGCUGCAAGGAGAAGGUGUGGUACCACAAGAACUGCCGGAAUCGAGGACAAGGUUGCACCAACCGCGAAGCACUCUCGAAAGGGGGUUGCACCGUGUGGUACGACGAGCCUGGUCUGCUCAAAGAGGUGGAGGCCCUCCUGCAAGCGCCAAUCGCCGAGCUAGGCCCUGGGUUCGCCUUGCCCCAGGGCCUCCAGGGUGGUGGUGGUAAGAGUGGUGGCACCAGCCCCGCCGGUGCUGUCAAGUACGGGGCGAAGGGUAGGGGGGAUGCGACGGGCGGUGAGGACAAGGCGAGGAUGACCGAGCAUGUCAAGUCUUUGAGGCCAGCGGUGCAGGAGCUAGCGGGGCUGGAGUUCCAAGCGCAAAACAUCUGGCUCGACAUGAUGCACGGGCGGUUCUGAGUGCUUGCGUGCGCAGCCAUGCGUGCCUCUGGUAACGGCUAGCUAGGCGCGGUUGUUGUAACAGUGCGACAAAUAAACGCUAUGUUUGGGGUAGAAACCUCCGUGCCCCCCUGUACGGUUGUGACGGGCGGGAAGCAUCGACCACGAGGAGGGCCCGAAGUCAAUGAAAAUGGCUCUUUUGUAUUUUCGAAGCAUAAUCGCGAAAUGUUUACUAGCAGCAACGCGGUGUUUGAUGCAAAAACACCCUUCCAAUUGGUAGAAAUUUGGUGGCUACAUUGACGGCGUGCUGCCGCUGUCUCGUCACUCGUGGUGAUAUGUUCAGGGAUGAACCGUCAGCCCUUGGAAACUCACUGCUGUGGUAUUGUGACACUACAGCAGUACAGCAGUGUCAUCAGUUUCCAAGGUAAAGUCUUAACAUUUCCGUCGCAAACUCUUGAAAGGGGGUGGCAAUACCAAAACACGGACCAACAAACAAACCAGACGGAAAUAUGCUGACAGUGCAGUUUCUCUGACUCGACUGCUAACCAUUAGAUUAGUCUACGCAGGUAGAAGUAUAUCAAUAACCGCGAUUAUCAACGUUGUUUUUGGGCGGCCAUUUUUUUUGUUUCCAGCGGGGGCAUUCUGCAGUACCGGUCGCCCCGGUGGU